UUCGGGGAUUAUCCGGGAGAUUUGAGAUUCUAAUCUGGAGACCGGGAGAUACAGUCCAAAAUCUGGAGACUCCCGGUUUAUCCGGGAGAGUUGACAGCCCUGAAGUUUAUCCUAUUCUACGACAUGUACACGGUUAGCUGAUACGGGACUUGACAGCCGAGGGACUGGAACAAGACUGGAUCGAACAUUAAAAAAAAAAAUUCUUAGAAUUUUGAACAAGUAUAAAAGAAACUAAAGGAUUAAGAUUUCCUCUCCAGACAAGACCAAUAUUUUAAACGAAUCUGAACUACCAUCGUACCCAUUCAUUUUACGUUCCAUUAACUUUUCAAGAAAACAGCUUCCCCAGCCUCCCCUCCCCUAUCCCGUAAAAUUCCCUCUCCCCGCAAGAGGUGGGAGUUUCCAGCUGCAAUAAUUUAACUACCGGUAUAAUCUUUAAAACGAAAGGCAUAUCUCAGAUAAUAAGAAGUUAUGUAAAAAUAAUCUCAUACAUUUUCCCCCAGUGAUUAAAAAAUUUUUGGGCUCCCUGUGUAAUAGUUGUCUUGUGGCCAGUCGUUCACAAUGGAGGAUUUCUCCAAGUGGUACAAGUAUUUUAGCUUUUUUCUCUUAGUAAACUUGUGUUUUAUAAGUUCAUUAGACUGUGGAGGUGACUCCAAGGCUUUAGAGCGUAAGAAUGUUCUAAUAAUCAUCUCAGAUGAUGGAGGAUUUGAAAGCCAAGUCUAUAAUAAUACCAUCUGCAAGACUCCACAUCUGAACGACCUUGCCAAGAGAAGCGUUGUAUUCAGGAAUGCUUUCACAUCUGUUAGCAGUUGUUCACCCAGUAGGUCUGCUAUAUUAACGGGUUUGCCACAGCAUCAGAAUGGUAUGUAUGGUCUACAUCACGAUGUUCAUCAUUUUAACAGUUUUGAUGCUGUCAAGAGUCUGCCUCUACUGUUACAACAGCAUGGAGUAAGAACUGGGAUUAUAGGCAAGAAACAUGUUGGACCAGAACAGGUUUAUCCAUUUGAGUUUGCCUACACCGAAGAGCACCAUUCCAUUCUGCAAGUUGGCAGGAACAUAACGUACAUCAAAGAGCUUGCCCAUGAGUUCUUCACAGGGUCACAGACAGAUCCUCGUCCCUUUAUUCUUUACAUUGGAUUCCAUGACCCACACAGAUGUGGACACACCCAUCCCAUGUAUGGUACUUUCUGUGAAAAGUUUGGUAACGGAGCGCCAGGAAUGGGAUUGAUACCGGACUGGACACCAACACUAUACAAACCACAAGACGUCGAGGUGCCAUUCUUCGUCCAGGACACCCCAGCUGCCCGUCAGGACCUGGCAGCUCAGUACACGACUAUUGGACGCCUAGACAAGGGAAUAGGACUGAUACUGGAAGAACUCAAAAAUGCAGGAUUUGAAGACGAAACACUUGUUAUCUACAGUUCAGACAAUGGUAUACCUUUUCCAUCUGGGAGAACUAAUCUGUUUGACUCUGGAAUGGCCGAGCCCUUUAUUGUCUCGUCCCCUCUCCAUAAGGAGCGAUGGGGACAAAUUAGUGAUGCGCUAGUGAGCCUAGUAGAUAUAGUCCCUACUGUUUUGGAUUGGUUUAAUGUUCCUUAUCCGACGUAUCAAAUUUUCAAACCUAAUAACGUCCGCCUUACUGGAAAGAGUGUUCUACCUUUGUUAGACGAUGAACCAUCGACCGGAUGGGAUACCGUGUAUGCGAGCCAUAACCUACACGAGGUAACAAUGUAUUAUCCGAUGAGGGUCAUCAGAACUAAACAUUACAAACUCAUACAUAACAUAAACUACAAAAUGCCUUUUCCCAUUGAUCAAGAUUUCAUGAUUUCACCGUCAUUCCAAGAUCUUUUGAAUCGCACUCGCGCAGGCCAGAAGACUCACUGGUACCGUAAUUUACAAGGCUACUAUUAUCGACCACAAUGGGAGCUUUACGACAUCAACACAGAUCCCAAAGAACUAACAAACCUUGCUGGGAAACCAGAUUAUCAAAAAGUGUUAGAAUCGCUUCAGCUUAAGCUUCAAGUCUGGCAGAACGUGACGGAUGAUCCAUGGAUUUGCGCUCCGUCUGGUGUAUUGGAGAAUAAAGGUGACUAUCCGAGGACUGGACUAUGUUUAGCUAUGGAUAACGGAACCUAAACUAUUCUAUGGAUGAUCUCCAAAAAAAUGCUCUGCCUUGCCACCAUUCAGUAGUCUAAACUGUGUUGUUCGCCAUUCUAUCUGUCGCCCAAACGCAGCUUGGAAGAAGAAGACUAAACAAAAGAAUUCCCGGAACAACCAUGCUAGAAAUACCUUCCAUAAUGGAGGCAAUGGACCUCGUAACUGUAAUAAUAAUAUACAGCAAAAAAAUAAUAAGCAACAAAAAUUAUUAAGAGUUUAAACACAUAAACGAACGGACGAACGAACAAAUGGGAUUGAAAAUCAAUGAAAAUUGGAAAUGACUUUAAUCUUGGAUAAACUUAUCUAUAUGGCCCAGAUAGUAGCCAAACAACAUAUUUCCUUCACAAUCAAAAGUAGCGGGAAAAAUUAUCAAUUUUAUUCAGCAUCUAAAUUGUGAGUAAAUGACGUCAUUUACUCAACCCUAUUGUUCUUUUCACUUUUAACCCAAAAUAUCUCAACAGCAAGUGGCUCCCAGGCUAAAAUUUUCACUCAUCUGGUUUACAUAAUUAUAAUUGAGUCAUAUUAUCCUCGAAUACUUCAAUUAUUCGGACUUUCAAAAAUCGGGGCGUUUUCAUCCAAGUGCCCCUUUCACAGUGGCAUUUCUCCUAUUUAUCCAGUGAACUGCAAUUGAAAUUUAGAAGUUUUAAGAUUUUUGCAGACACCAGACAAGUCCACUUAAUACAGGUACCACUGUACAAGUGAAAUACAACAUAUCUAUAGUUAAUAAAAUCAAUAUAUUUGAUACUUAUA